AUGCAACCUGGAAAUAAUAAAGGAAGAAUUCAAAAAGAAUUAAGCGAUUUUAGUAAAAAUGCUGAAUCCAGCAAUAUUAAAGUUUGCACAGUUGGCGAUAAUAUCAAUCAUUGGAAAGGAUACAUUAAUGGACCUGAGGAUACUCCCUAUCACGGAGGUGUUUUCUAGAUUGAUAUCUAGCUUCCAAAUGACUAUCCCUAUAAACCUCCUAAAAUGAAAUUUGAUACUAGAAUAUGGCAUCCUAAUAUUUCUUCUCAAACUGGAGCUAUCUGCUUAGAUAUUCUCAAAAACGAAUGGUCACCUGCACUUUCAAUUAGAACAGCUUUGCUCUCCCUCCAAGCCUUGAUGUGUGCACCUGAACCAGAUGAUCCUCAAGAUGCAGUUGUUGCCGGCUAAUAUAAAAGUUAAAGAGAUUAAUUUUUAAAACAAGCAAAAGAAUGGACACAAAACUAUGCAAAUACUAAAUCUUAAGAUGAGAAGAUCAAAAAGUUUGUAGAUAUGGGUUUCGAUGAAAAAACUAGUAGAGAAGUAUUAAUGAAAUAUGGCUGGGAAGAAGAAAAUGCCUUGAAUCAUCUACUUGGUGGAAAUUGA